CCAAAAAUAAUGAUUCUAACAUUUUAGUGAGAAGGAAGAGUUCGGACAGGUGGGAUCUACUAGUUAAUGAUGUUUGGUUCGGUGUUUUGGUGCUUGGAAAAGUUCAACGCACAUAUCUGAGCAUGAGUUUAGACACCCUGAACACCAACUCGGGCAGCCCUUACUCCCAUCGGAAGCACUGGCGCCGAGUGCAGCAAGAGUUUCUGGACCUCGAGCAGCAGAAACAGAAGCAACAGCAACAAGGCCACAUGACCCGGCCGGUCAGUAUCGUGAACUACAACCGACAGGAGUCACAAGAGCUGUUCAACAUGCCAGGCAGUCCAUACCACAUACGGAAACCCAUUCCAGCGUGGGAGAAGAGUCGAUUAUGGGUAGAACAGCAACAGAAGCAUCACCAGCGCCGACACAACGGCGGUAACGACGAUGAUAACGACUGGAUGAGCAGCCAAGAGUCUGGACUGAAUCUGAACCACGACGACGAUGACGGAGACGACGACGACGACGAUGACGAUAAAAAGCAUCCCCAUCAGCAUCGCCGGCCCAAUCGAAGCGACAUGUUCAGUCGGGGGAGUCUCGCUAAUGAAGAUUUCGAAGAUCGUCCCAGUCUGCACCAACAGCCCCAAUCCGGCUUCCCCGUUAUACUGCAAAGUGUUCGAAGCAUGCGGCACGUCCGGCAGAGGUUAAGGCGCGACCCCGUCCACCAGGGAACACGUGCCAUCCGAUCGUCCCGGGUCAUCAACAAGGCCGGCGAACGGAACGUGCUGUUUCUAAAUUUGCCCCAGAAGUCGGUUCGCUUCGUGAAGGAUCUCGUCACGACGCUGGUGGAAGAACAAUGGCGAUACACGCUCACCGCAUUCAUGUUGAGCUUCUUCAGCAGUUGGAUCCUGUUCGCCAUCCUGUGGUACCUGGUGGCGUACGCCCAUGGCGAUCUUAUCUUUGAUCCGGAAACAGGGGAACGCCUCGGCGAUGGGGCGAUGCCAUGCGUGGAAGGUGCCACCACAUUUGCUGGAUUUUUGCUGUUCAGCAUCGAAACCCAGGUGUCCACCGGGUAUGGUGCCAAGGUGCCCACAGAGGAAUGCCCAGAGGCGAUGUUCCUGCUCAUUGUACAGAUUGUGAUUGGUCUGGUGAUAGAUGCGGCCAUGGUGGGAAUCGUCUACGCCAAGAUGGUGCGACCACCGAAGAAGAUCUCAGAUAUGAAGUUCAGCAAGAAAGCCGUCAUAUGUCAGCGGGAUGGGAAGCUGUGCUUCGUCUUCCGGCUUUGUGACGUUAAGCAUCAGCAUGCUAUAGAAACUAAGGUGACAGCGGUUCUGUUGGAACAGCGUCGUUCUUUGGAGGGGGAGCUUAUUGAAAAGAACGAAUCCUCCAUGAAGUUGGAGAACAACGGUCGCAUUCUUCUGAUGUGGCCUGUGACGGUUUGCCAUGUGAUAGACAGCGAAAGUCCGUUGUUUGAUUUUUCUGCGAAAGAUCUGCUAGAGAAGAAGUUUGAGAUUGUGAUAACGCUAACCGGUGGCACGAUGACCACUGGACAAGUCACGGAAGCAAGAACUUCCUACGUUCCAGGAGAGGUCUACUGGGGUCACCGUUUCCAGAACAUCAUCAUGUAUGAUAGGGCUCAUGAGCAUUACGUGGCACACAAUGAGCAUAUGGACUUCCUAGAACCGGUGGACACGCCUCUCUGCAGUGCCCGGCGAUUGGAGGAGGUUUAUCAAGAAGUCAAACAGUUCAUGGAGCACGAUAGAGAGCGGGAAUUUGACGAUGCGGAAUGUAAAUCGGAGCAUCUCGAACAGCUGGAUGAGGAUACCGACUCGGAAGGUGGUCUCCGAAUGGAACAACUGAAAUCUUCUUGCUCUUCUCCCAAGGAGGAAACCAACUCGAAUCAACCUUCGCGUGUAGAAACAGUUCCUGAUACAAAAUAAAUGUUACCACGCAGUUUCUCAUACGUACUACUAAUUAAAGAUAUUAUUUGGAUUAUACAAUAUUAACAUACCGA